AUGGUAGAAAUAGUCAUUUACGUUUUCUCUGAUUUCCAGGUGAAUGUAUUAUUUGGCGAUUCCAGCAUUAAAAUUGCAGCAGGGAUGCAGGAACGCCAAGGUGGAAAUAUUUCCCACAUCGAAUUUCUUUUCAUUGGAUUUCAUGAACUUAAAGAAAACAGAUGGGUUUUAUUCUUCCCCUUCUUUCUGAUGUUCCUGCUGUCUACUGCUGCUAACUCACUUCUUAUAUUUGUCAUUAAAACACAAAGGAGUUUACACUCUCCAAUGUGUGUCUUAAUAGGCCUCAUGGCAUUAGUCGAUCUGAGUUUGCCAGUAUUUUUUGUCCCUAAAAUGCUAUUAACCUUCUUAUUUAACUGGAAUGGUAUUUCUUUACUAGGCUGUCUUGUCCAAAUGUUUAUCGUUCAUUUUGUUGGCUCGUUCCAAUCAUCCAUUCUCCUGUGGAUGGCUCUGGAUCGGUAUGCUGCCAUAUGCAUUCCACUGCGCUAUAAUGACUACAUGAGCCCUUCUUCUUCUGCUAAAUUUGUUAUAGCUGCUGUUCUCAGAAAUGGUAUUUUCAUCCUGUUUAUUGUCAUUUUUGCUGGUAAUCUCUCUUAUUGUUCCUCAAAUGCCAUUGAUCAUUGUUUCUGUGAACACAUGGCAUUAGUAAGUUUGGCCUGUGGAAAUACUAUCAUAAACAAUGUUUUUGGGCUGCUCACUAUUUUCUGUGUCACAACCCUAGACUUCGUGUUUAUUGUUGUUUCAUAUGCCAAAAUAUUCAUCUCAGUAUUUAAAACAGCAUCAGGAAAAUCUUCCCAAAAAGCAAUCCACACCUGCACUACCCACAUAAUAGUCAUGUUUGUGUCUUACUUCUGUGCCAUGACAGCAUUUCUUGCAUACAGGAUUAAGAAUUCAAUCCCUCCAAACCUCCGUGUCUUAAUUAGCACAAUGUAUUUACUUUUUCCCAGUUGUUUCAAUCCCAUUAUUUAUGGUAUCAGAACAAAAGAGAUAAGAGAGCAGAUAUUCAAAUUAAUUUAA